AUGAAUCCGUGCUCUGAGGCAGCUCCACAACAUGACAUUGAAGGUGAUGGGCGCUGGAAUAGCAUUCAUAAUAGAUUUUUAUCUGAUGCAAAAGGAAAAGAAGCAGAUGUAGUUUUUAUUGGUGAUUCGAUACUUCAAGCUUUGGAACAUACUGAAGUUUGGAAUCAAUGGUUUGCUCCGCUUCACUGCCUUAAUUUUAGUAUUCAUAGAGAUCAAACCCAAAAUGUCUUAUGGCGCAUUAAAAAUUGUGAACUUGAUCAUGUUGAUCCUAAGGUAGUAGUGUUACAUGUUGGCACAAACAAUGUCGAACAUACUGCUGAACAAAUUUGUGAAGGCAUUCUAGAAAUAGUCAGAACAAUUAGAGAGAAACAUCCUAAUGCUUAUAUAGUGUUGCCUAGUCUUCUGCCUAGAGGUCAAUAUCCUAAUUGCCUAAGGGAAAAAAAUGCCAAAAUAAAUCAACUUUUAUUUGAAAAAGUUAAUAAUAUGAAUAAGGUUGAGAUGGUUUUUAUAGACAAAGGGCUCAUUCAAAGUGAUGGUACGAUUAGCCACCAUGAUAUGCAUGACUAUCUUAUACCUACAAAUGCAGCUUGUCGAAAGGCGUUUGAACCCAUUUAUGAUCUUCUCCAGCAAAUAUUAUCUGAGGAUUGGUUUUAA